AUGGUAGAUCUAAUUAUAGAUAUAUUUAUAUUACUCUUAACAUUGAUUCGUAAUUUUACUAUGCUUUUGACGUUCGAUAAUCCUCUUUUAUGGAAGAAAUUUGGUAUCUGGCAUCCUCAGGCUGAGUUUGAAGGACCGGCCUAUAAACUUUUUCCUCCGCGGCGACACAGUAAAUUACAUGAUCAUAGUAAAGAAGAAAUCAAAUCAUUGAAAUUAAAGUCAAUCAAAGUUUAUGGCCAGGUAGUUGAUUUUGAUACUGGAAAACCGCUUGAAAAUGCUAAGCUUGACUUUUGGCAAUACCACCCAUUAACAGGAUAUAGUGUAUUUGGUUAUAAUUUCAGAGGCUAUUUUUUAACUGAUAAACAAGGAAAAUAUGAAAUUGAAACAUUGAUACCUGUUCCUGAAACAUCAAUACGACCAAGCCAUAUUCAUGUUAUAGUAAGCUCAUCUGGCUAUAAUAAAUUAACAACUCAAUUAUAUGUAAAUCCUGAAAUCAAAACUGAUUUUCUCAAUAAUUUCAGACCUUUUCCACAACAUUUAGUUUUAGCUGUUGAACAAACAAACAAAGAUGAUGAUAUACCACAAGCUAAAUUUACAUUCAGAUUAAGAGUCACUGCACGAGUGAGACAGCCAAAGUUGCUCAAUCGAUGUUUGAGUUUUUGA